ACAACACAAGCACAAGCUCUCUCUCUGCCUUUGAUCAAAUACUUAGCGCUGAAGCCACAAGACAAAUACAGAAACCAUUUCCUUAGCUUCAGGCAGCUUGUGUGGGACAGGAGACCAGAAGCACAAAGUUAUCAUUUACUGGAUUCCUUAAACCAUUUUGUUCCAGAGGUGGAAGGCAAAACAAACUCUUGGCUUAGACCAUAGCACCUGCACGUUUGCUGCUCAUCUUCCAGCUUUCAAGACAAAUAUAUAAGAAAAAGCAGUGUAGAGAAUUCAGUGGGAAACAGACAACAGAAAAAGGGGUGUGGACAGAGCUGAAAAAAGGUUGGUGCUUCAAUGAAAUAUUCCAUACAUCUGUGAGAACUGUUUGGACAUAGAAGGAGGCAAAGCCCGGAGCAGCUAGGGGAACUCCAUGCUGCCUCUGAACUAAGCCCCUCUGCUGGGGCCUGUCUAAUGUGUCACCUCCUGGAGACUAUAAGAGCAACACCAAGGCUGAACAACUACCUUAAAUUUCAUGAUUACCUUUGAGAACCCGUUACUGGCAAGGGGGGGCAUCUCUUCAAUGGAGUGCCCGGGGGACUGCAACAACGGCACCAUGAAUAAUGGGACUGACCCUGGAGAAGAAGGAAGCCCCUACUCCCUGCAGAUCACAUUGAUUCUCAUUACCUUGGUGGGUAUUCUCAUGAUGUUCACUGUUUUUGGGAAUGUGCUGGUUGUUAUAGCAGUAUUCACUAGCAGAGCCCUAAAAGCUCCUCAAAACUUGUUCUUAGUAUCCCUGGCAUCUGCGGACAUACUUGUGGCCACCUUAGUGAUGCCCUUCUCACUGGCCAAUGAGGUGAUGAGUUACUGGUACUUUGGGAAGGUUUGGUGUGAGAUCUACCUCGCACUAGAUGUACUUUUCUGCACUUCAUCAAUAGUUCACCUGUGUGCCAUAAGUUUGGAUCGGUACUGGUCCAUUACACAAGCCAUUGAGUACAACCUAAAAAGGACCCCACGCAGGAUCAAAUGCAUCAUUUUCAUAGUAUGGGUGAUCUCUGCUGUCAUAUCCUUCCCUCCAUUGAUCAGCAUUGAAAAGGAAAGCGGGAAGGAUCAGCAACCCAAAUGCAAAAUCAAUGAUGACAAAUGGUACAUUAUUUCUUCUUGCAUCGGAUCUUUCUUUGCCCCCUGUGUGAUCAUGAUCUUAGUGUACAUUCGUAUCUAUCAGAUUGCCAAGCGAAGGACAAGGGUUCCACCAAGCAAGAGGAGCAAUGGGGAACCAGAAAAGAGACAGAAUGGUUUAGCAGAUAAGGACUUACCUGUCAGUCUGAAUGGUGACAAAGAUGGGCCAGCAGACCAGCAUAGAGAUGCAGAAGCCAAUGGCAGAGAUAUGGAUGAUUCCUCAUCUUCGGAACACCAGGAGGACAACCAGUACUCAUCCAAGAAAAAACAAGACAAACUUACAAGAGGCAAAGGUAAGACUAAGCUAAGCCAGAUCAAACCAGGAGACAGCUUGCCCAGGCGAGAAGAAGACAGUAAUGCCAAGACAUCAAGGUGGAGAGGCAGACAAAACAGAGAGAAAAGGUUCACAUUUGUCCUGGCUGUAGUUAUUGGUGUGUUUGUCAUCUGCUGGUUCCCGUUUUUCUUUACUUACUCUCUCAUUGCCAUCUGUGAGAGCUGCAAUGUCCCUGAAACCCUAUUUAAAUUCUUCUUUUGGUUUGGCUACUGUAACAGCUCCCUGAAUCCUGUCAUAUACACUAUAUUCAACCAUGAUUUCAGGAGGUCAUUUAAACGGAUUCUGUGUAAAGGGGACAGAAAACGGAUUGUCUGACACUCACACAACAACUAUACAGCUGAUUACUGUAAUGUUUUGCAAGUCUGUGAAAGGAUGUUGCUGAUUUGUAAGCUUGAAUUUAACAUCCACAAAAUAGAACUUUUUUUCUAACAAAGAAGCC